AUGAUUGCGUGGGCGAAGCUAUUGUCCAAGGGAGCUUUGCUUGUUCGCCCGAGGGUGGACCAUGCGCAUGUUUCCGUCGAUCCCCCAGGUCGUGUGAUGGGAGUUAACUCAAACAUUCGCUUGACUGGCGCCACGAUCUCGCAUGUACAAACCUGGGAAGAAUUCCGGAAGAUCGCGGCCGCCCGCUCCAUGGUGAUCAAAAUGCGAAACGAGACAGCCAUCCUGAUUUCCUUCAGUGUUGGAAGUGAUCUAGAACGAGUGGGUCUACACGCGCGCAUUUCCCCUCCAGUUUUGAGCCGGCCGAAAAUUAUCAAGCUAAAGAUAUGCAAUGUCUAA